CGUUGCUCUCGGUUGCGUCUCAGAAUAGUUCCAGAUGUGCCCAUGUUUAGUUAAUCUUUGAAGUUUUCUCUAUUAUCGAUUACAAUUUAAUCGCAACGAAAAUCACCGCAAAAACCAGAAAAAAAACAAACAAGAAUCAACCAAAAAACAUUCAAAUAAUCCAUUCGCACUCGCCUUAAUUCGACCAAAGAAACGACCAUGUUGUAAAAAUUUUCCUUCUUUUAUAUAAUUAAAACGCAGAAAAAUCCAAUUAAACUCCAACAAUCGCACCGAUCGAUCGUCUUUUCCAUCCUCGAUACAUCGCCAUUCAAGAUUUCGCCAACCCUCUCGAAUCGCGAUAUUACAACAAAUUAACCUGAAAAAUGACACGUACGAGGCAAAAAAAAGCGGAAGUUUUGCAGAGUUUCUGAAAAAGUCGAGGGGGUAUUGUCCAGUGGAAGCGUAAGAAAAAAAAGCAAGAUCAUCGUAAACUGAAUGAGAGGUCGCUUGGCCUUCCAAAAGACUACAAAGAACCAUCAUAUCGUGUUGGAUAUUUGAUAAAAUAAUAAAUUAAAACGAAUAAAUUGAGAGAGAUUAAAAAGUCAUAAUUGACACGUACGCAUUGCUACAGAGUUGAAAAGGAAGGGGGUCACGUGACGGUCGGGUUCUAGCUCGUUUAAAAGGAGAAGGAAUAUUUUAAAGAAAAUACGGUGUCCCCUUUUUCCCCCACUCCUCUGACCGUCGCAUUAACGUGCGUCGCGAGGAGGUACUCGGCCAUGCCACGUCAACUAGAAUGACGUUGUUUGUCGGCGACGAUCUGACCACACAAGGAUUUAAAGAUAACGAAAUAUAAAAGAAGGGGCAAAACUUGAUCUUGAAUCAUCAUUAUUGAUCUAAGAAUUGGAAAUAACGUAUAAUAAAGUGAAAACAACAAAUGCCAAUAUUUUAAUUGAGUGAAAUAUUUGAGGAAAAGAAAUAACAGAUUUACGGAUUUAAUGGUGGGGGAAAGAGUAAUAGAGGACGAAAAAAGGGAAAAACAGUUUGAGAAGAGGAGAGACGAAAUUUCGUACUUUUUUCGUGGUAUUAUUUUUUCGGAAGCACCCGUGAAAGUACCUCAAUCAAUGACUAUUUGGGAAGAAAUGAUAAUUAUUAGAUUCAUCAGGGUCGAGUGUCGGGUAGAUUUUGUCGUUGAAAAUAUUAGUGGCGGAUAUUAGUUAUUUAUGAAAUUAAUUGAAAUAGGGAAAAUUCACGCAGUCACAUUCUGAUCGGCGGUGAAAAUAGGAGUUUAAUUGUUGAUAGUUAAAACUAUUUAUUGAUUUUCAAAAGUUCAAGGUCGUAGUCGAAUAUGGCACUAGAGAGUGUUACCGCGGCCGAAACACUGAUCCAAAGCAGCAAUACGGCUAACAAUGAUUUGGAGGACGGAGAAAUUCCCUCUGAUGAAGAUGAUGAACCCAUACCAGUACCAGUCAAAACCCCUGAUCCAUCGACAAUCUUAAAGUUCGAGUCUCAUAGGGAAAAAAAUACAGAAUCAAAAUCGAGUAAAAGUAAGGGUAAAUCAUCGGCUAGCAAUACGUCUGGUAGUGGUACAGGAGGAAGUAAAUCCGACAGAUUUACUAAGUAUAAAAAUCCAUCGGAAGAUUGGGCUGGUGAUGUUGAGAAGGCCAUCAAGGCUGCUUUGGAUGGGGAAAAUAAGAAAGAAGAGAAGAGUAAGGGAAAAAACUCUUCUAGUAGGAGUAAAAAUAGGAAGAGGAGUCGAGAUGAGAAGGAGGAGGACCGAAAUAAAGAACAGAAGAAACGACGGCUGAGUGAAGAGGAAAAUGGUAAUGUUGAUGAUGAUGAGUUUAUGUUCGUGCGAGGCGCCUCUCCAGUAGUAAAUAGAAAAGAUCUUCAUGAUUCAAGCCCCCCUCGUCGUUCCCAUGAACGUGAAAAUUUCGAUAAUAAUUCGGACAGAGAUUCGGAGGAACGAUCAAAUAGACAUCGUGACGAGAAACGUGGUAACAAUCGAGGCUCAACACCCAGAAGAUCUGGAAAAAAUGAACGAGCUGGGAAAAAUAAAGGUCGAGGGAGCGCAAGGAACGAGCGGAAUGGAAGGAGGACUCAAAAUAAUGAACACAAUCAGGACCCAGACUCAAUUUGCGUAUAUUUUAUGCAGGGAAAGUGUCACCGAGGUGAUGAUUGUCCAUUUUCACACAAUGCACUUCCUCCUAGGAAAAUGGAACUUUGUAAAUUUUACCUUAUGGACUGUUGUGCUAAGAGGGAUAAGUGUCUGUAUAUGCAUCACGAUUUUCCAUGCAAAUUUCAUCAUACUGGCCUUAAAUGUGCAGCUGGAUCGAACUGCAAAUUUUCUCAUGAACCUCUCAAUGAUCAGGUGAAGAAUAUUUUACUUAAACACUUGGAGACUGCCCCCAAAGAGAUCUUAGGUGACUUCCCUCGACUGAGCCGAGAAAGGGCCUUAAUGAUGAUUAACAGUACAGUUCGGAAUCAAACUCAGGGUCCUGAGGAGAACUCACAGAAGAUUCCGAGUCUCUUUGAUGUUAGUCUCAAUUCCUUAAAUUCUCAAGGAAACGACUCCUCCGCCGAAAAGGACAACGACACUCCUACCGAGUCCCAGAAACGAUCGAACUCCUCCAAAGACAAAAAAUCAGUUGGCAAGAAGACCCGAUGGGGUUCCGACGAUGACCGCGUCCCCUUGGAGCAAAUAGUACUCCUACAAACAGUGAAUCAACUUGGUCUGAAUUUGCCAAAUGUCGCUCUGAGCCUAGCAAUGCAACAGCACCAGCAGAUCCAACAGCGUCUGUUAAUCCAACAGUGCAUCGCAGCAAAUAUGGACUUCUACAAUGAGAUCCAGGGAAAUACAGUGCUAGAAGGUAAAACCAAACUGAAAGGGGACCCGAAAGACUCUGACGAAACUCCAUCGAAAUCUUCCGAGAAUCACUCAAUCUCCAGAGACAUUGACUUGAGACAACUCCUAGCAAACGCGAUGCCGAAGACUUCUCAAUCCUUAAGUCUAGCUGAAGAGGCAGCGAAUCUAUCAACAUCUAAAUUCGAUGAUGAAAGUGAUCGUGAAGAAGAGUCAAACCUGGUCAUCGAAGUUCCAGCUGAUGAAGAGGAUAAAAAGAAAGAUGUGGAGGGGUAUCAAAGGUAUAAAACACUUCAAAACCUCACAAGUUCAGACCUGAAUCCGAGAGGUUCUCCCAAAUCAUAUGUUGGAGGCCGGGAACCGUCACCAAACUUGCCAAAAACUGCCCAAGAAUUAUUCUUGAGGAUUCAACAGCAACAGAGAGCAGCUGGAGACAGUCUCAUCACCUCUGAUGAAAAAUCAGCAGUGGAGAAUGCCUUAAAAGAUCAGGAAGAAUGGUAUUCUGAUGAGUCUGAGAACGAGAACAACGACGAUGAUGAUGAUGAGGAUGGUAAUCUGCAGAUAGUUUUGAAGGACAAUCAGAAAGAUGAGAAGAGUGAAGGAGGUAAUCAGCUCAGUCCAACUCAAGAAAAUACCCUUCUGCCCUCCAUAAUCGUCCCUCAACCAGCUCCUAUCGUCGAUAAACUCGGGGAUUUGAGCAAAAUCGAUAUCAGUGCUGAAGUGACCAAGCUCCUGUCUUCCAUAAAGCCCCAAGUUAAACGAAGCCUUGAAGAGUCUUCCAAGGAGGAUGAGAAGUCAAGAACAAAUUCUCCAGAUUCGUCGGAGACAUUGUCUUCCGUAGUUAAAUUGGAGAACGAGGUGCUCAGCCCGAAAUCCUCACCCUCCACGAGCACAGUGCCAGUCUCCAGAGACCCGAGAAUGUCUAGAGAUCCUCGUCAACGAAGAAUGGAGGAGACCAAACCUAAUAGUCCAAGUAUAUCAGAGUGUAGAAAACCAGAAUCUAGAACUUUAAGAUUAGAAACGAGUAUCUACUCAUCUGGGAUCACUUCAUCGGACUACAUACAUGGUAUGGACACAGACUUUCGAGCUAGACUGGACCAGGAUCAUCGAAGGAAAGAUAUGGAUUUGAGACAACGAUUUCAAGAUUUUGGAGAUACGGAUUUGAGAAUAGCAGGCUUCGAAAGUGGGAGAUCUGAUAUUGACUUGAGACAAAUGUUGACGUUACCAUUUAAACCUGCACCAUCUCAUGUACCUUGCACGGAGAUUGAUGCCAGCAUCGCCUCACAUGUGCCAUUAUCAUACAAAGUCUACGUUGUGGACAUUCCAAGGCCCAAUUACACUGGUCUUAAGCUAACCAAGAAUGACGCAGCAGUGAAACACGAUCCUAGGCUGCGUAAAAUCUUCAGACUAUCUAAGAACGAUACACCUGACUCCCCAAUGUCUCCACCUCCAGUGAAACAAAUACCUGAUACUCCAAAGUCUCCUCCUCAACUACGUGCAGACCCGAGGAGAAAAGCUCUGGAAAUAUCUAAUCAAAUUCCUGGAAAUUCAAUGUUGCCAGGUAUUCCUCAGAGUUCUAGUGACAUUUCAAUUGGCUUAGGGGGUUCCGUAAUGACAGGACCAAGUCUCAAUAUGGGGAUGGGCCAGAAUCCAAUGCUAGGGGGCAUGAACUCAAUCUCAGGAAUGCUAAAUACGCCCAUUCAGCAUUCCCCAGGCAUCCCCAUGGGGAUCUCUGGGAUUCCUAAUUCAAUCCCUCAAAGUGGCCCUUCGAUGCAACAGAAUCAGAUAGGAUUUGAUUCACGGUUUGUCCAAAGGAAUGGAGGACCCGGUUUACUCGGUCCGGCCCCUGCGUUGUACUCCGAUGUUGGCCCAAAUUAUGAUCAAACUUUCCCAGGCAAUAAUUUCAAUAAUUUUGGACCUAGUGCCAAUGAAUCGAUGAUGUCAUUUGGGCCAUCAAGUCAGAUGAAUUUUGGGACUAAUGGACCUGACUGGGUAGGAGGUAAUGGAACGAACCCAGGGAGAAGUCGAGGGAGAGUGCGGAGAAGAAACAGAAAUCGGGCGAAUCCCAAUAAUGCAAACAGAGGGAACAGGUCGCCUCAGUAGAUAUCUAAGAUCACGAUUAAAAAAACAUGCAAUUAUGAACAAAGUUUCAUUUCAUUAAUAUUGAACAAACUAUUGAGGAUAGCUCAAUGUAAACGUAAUCCAGUGAUUCAAUUACGUAUUCAUCAUUUUUUUCUAACAAGUUCGUCAUAAGUUCAUAAUAAUCACAUUAUGAAGGAGAGCAUAAUUUAAUGAUUAUUAUUAUUACAUUAUUAUCAUUAUUAUUAUUAUGUCUGAUUGACAAUUUUUUUCAAGUACAAUAAUAAAUUGUUUUAUAAAAUUAAUCGAAAAUUGUCACGAGGUGUCAUUCUUCAUCUUCAAGCAUUAUUUAGAAUCAUGAUGGCUCAAGUAUUUUUAUCACUAUUUGAAGUUACUCGGGAUUGAUACCUGCGGUGCAAGUCAAAAUAAGAUAGUUAUGGGCUAAUAACUUCCAUUAGAUAUUAUGAUUGCAUAUUGGUGAUAAGUGAUCACUUGAAAUUGGUUGAGUCAUCUUAUUUUUCAUUAUUUAUAAUGUAAAUCGUCUCAAAUACAAAUGAUUGGACAGAAUAUUCACUCAUGAAGAUGUAACUGUAAUUUACAUGGAUAGUAACAUUUUAUAUCUUUCUGUAAAUAGGCGAAAAAAUUCUGUAUAUUCUAUUGUUGUACAUGAAAUGCUUUCUUCUCUUUUUUUUCAACUAUGGAUGAUUAUUAGAAAUAAGUAAUUAUCGAGGAAUUGUAUUACCUCAAACAGUUGAAUUUAUUCGUUUUUUUAUUGACAUACGAAGGAUUAAUGAUUAGACACAGAAAACCAAUGUACAUUAUCAAUAUUUGAAAAAUAUAUUUGUAUAGAUAUGGAUUCAAUUAA